AUGGCAAACUCACAUUUUUAUCGGAGAGCUAUGUAUGCAAAGAUUCCCAACCAACAUCAGCAUAUAAGUAAGACUGCACCGGCACAUUACCUUCAUUCAACCCAGACGUCAGAGACGUAUGCUGUAUAUGCAGCGAAUGGUGCCCCCCCAGUGUUAACGAAGCUAUUGAAGUUUCGAAAUCCACCAACGACUCAUGCGGUCCCACACGAUGCCGCUCUUUUCCUUGAAGCCGACGUAAGAUCAGUAGGAUUGGGCAAGGAGAUCCUGUUGUGGUCAUUAGGUCUAGGAGGGAGCACACACGUAUACCAAAAUGGUUUGGAUACGAUCGAGGUGUUCAUAGAGAGGGUGUAA